UUAAUAGACAAUAACAAAACAAAAUUUAUAUCAAACAAACAUUAAUAUGUCAUCAUUCUAAAUUUUAGUUAAUUUAAAACAGUUUACCCUUAAAAGUAACAUGCAGAAAACACUUCUGACAAAACUAUUCAAUCUCUCUGGACAGAAAUUAUGGAAGCUUCAGGGUUAUCAGCCGAUGUAUUCCUCCUCGCUGCCAAAAAACUGCCUCUUUUUAAGAUCAGACCAAAUAACUGCUCCAAGCUUUAGUACUUCUGGGAAAAUAUCAUAUCCGAGAGUUGGGAGUUAUCCUAAUAAGUUUCUACUAAACCCAGCUAAACUAUUUACACGUAGAGCAGAAGAAGAAACACUGAGAUUAGAAGAGUAUGGUUGGGCUGGACAACCUAUUGUAAAGAGGAUGCAUUCAAUCUUUCCAGAAACACAUGGAGAAACUUCUGAUUUGUUAAAAUUUGCUAAAAAUUCUAAAUAUAUUGUAGAGGUUGGUAAUAACUUUGAAGUUCAGCUCAGAAAUUUUGGAAGAAGUCAUGAUAUAAUCUCUACGUGCCAAAUAAAAAAUGGACCAAGUAACCUUAAAAAAAUGGCAAAUCUUGAUUUUACCAAAACCAGGCGUCUACACACUAAGAAAGAAAAAAAUUAUCUCUACAAUUCAGGAAUUUUAACAAAAAGACCAUUGAAAGUGAAGAGGAAAAAGAGGACAGUUGUACUGGGAUCAAAACCGGGUAUCUUCAGUAAAAGAAAAUUUUAUGAAAAUAAAAAACACAAAAUGACACGUAAAGUUCCAAGAGUUACACCAACACUAGCUAUAAACAGGCGAUUUUCAACAAUGCCAUUGUCUGAGAAUAUCUGUUUUACUCCGAACAGACAAUUUCAAACUUCUUCAUCAUUAGGUUAUGCAAAAGAAGCGGUUUCAAUGAAAAAAGUUUCUAAACUUGCUGUGACAGGAAGUAAAAACGGAAGAAACAUAAGUAAAGAUGCAAGUGUCUCAACAAUGUCUGAAGAUAACUGCGUGUGUCCUGCAAUUUUGUAUACAGCAGGAAAAAGAAAAUCUACUAAAAUCUGUGGUGAAGCAGCAAAACGUAGAAAAGCAAAAAAAUUAUCGAACUACAAGCAGAAAAUGUGUCUAGCAGAACCAAGAGAAGUACCUGAACAGAUGAGAACAUCAGUGUGUUUAUCAGCAGCUGCUGCAAAAAUGGCAAAACUCAAAAAUGUUAAGGAAUGUCCAGAACCAGAAGAGAAAAAAGUUGCUCCAAGAACUAAAAUAUGCUUGCCAAAUAUCGAGGAAGAGAUGGCAAAAAUGGAGGAAAAAGAAAAGUGUGUGCAGAUCGAAGAGGAAAAAGUCAGAAAACGAACCAAAGUUUGUAAACCAGUUUUCAUUUUGGCAAAAGAGGAAGUUGGGAUUCAAGUUGAAAAAGCAGAAGUUUGUGUGUCAUCUAAAAGUGGAAAAAUAGUAUCAAAGCACACAAAAAUAUGUCCACCUGAUAAAAAGUAAUAUGGUUCAUCUUGAUGGUUGAGAAUAGUUUUGUCAGCAAUUUGGUUGCAAUUAACAUUAUUUAUGAUUCAAGUAAACGUAAAAAUACAUGGUC